AUGCGUUAUACGUUAUUGACUCUGUUGCUUUUCGUGCCGUUUGUUGCGGCUGAUGACUGGGAGGACUUUACGAAUAACCUUGCGACGGACUUGGCUCCUCUCAUCAUCCUUUUUGGGGAGAAACUUACGAAACAAUUCCUCUCCGAAUCUAUUACUGUCCUAGACAACGUCAUAUUCGCGCUUUCACCACUUGGGGUCCUGACGGCUGUAGUCUCCCUGAUUAGGGUUUGCGGCGGCGCCUCUCUUCGUGCUUUUAUCGGACGAGCACAAGAAGGCCCCGGAGACGCAGAAAUCGAGCUUCUACCAUGUGUCUCUGAGUCGACUGGUGAGCUAUUCAACGAUGCGGGUAUCUCGCGAGUUUUCGGCCGGCCCAAGAUCGUUGAGAUCGUCGCUUGGGAGCAGACAGACCCCAAGACCGGGAAGAAGUCGAUUGAAAUUGGAACUCUGCGAGAGGCUCUCUUGAAAAAGGCGUGGUAUUGCAAGGGUGGCGAACUCCAGGAAGAUGAGAUUAAAGGGAUGCCUGAGUUGGAUAUACCGAAUCUGUCUUUGAACAAGGGGAUUAAGCGGAAGAGCCAGUUUUGGUUCUAUUGCGCUGCCGGGGUUGGUACAGUGAUGCAGUUAGGUCAGUUGAACGUGGGAGCUGAGCUUGUGUAUAGUGAUAUUGACAAUUUCGAUGUAGGUGUCAUGACAUAUGCUGCAUUGACUGUUUUUGCAUACCCAUCUGUCUUUAAGGUGGACGGGAAAAAGGUCCACAGCUAUGCGUUCCCAAUGUACAUCAUUGGAACUACCUUUCUCUUUAUUGGCAUGUUCUUCUGCGCUUUUAUUCUUGAGCACUCCUCCAAACAAUACUAUCUCUAUCCGAACCACCCAAGCAAGAUAUACUGGCUGCAGCCUGGCUGCCAAGACGUCGGAGACCAAGUCUUUGGUGCAUUUCUCGCUACAUACAAAGAGAGAGACUCAGCAUUCACCAACAAUAUGAGAUACAUCAAAUCCACCCGGAUUUCAACCCGCGGUAAACAACAUACCAAGAUUUACGUCACCCUCACCUUGACCCUGAUCGGGUUUGUCUUUCAAUUUGUUGGACAGCGAGGGCUUCAUGCGUCGGUCAUCCUGGCUCAGCUAGGUUCGACGCUUUUUAUGGCAGUUAUACGAGCGUGUCUUCGAACAGAGCGAAUGACACCAGGAGAAAACAAGCUCAACAAUCCAAAGCACGAACGCCAAUUGAUAUCUGAAAAGCAAAAAGAAUUGGAUUGUUUUGCUUUCCAUGUCGAUGAAAUCAAGUCCUUCAAUUUGCGUUCCGCUCCGCUCCCCCAGAACCAUGCCCCGAGGACAACCACCACAUCGGUGGCCAGCAAAUUGAUACGAACCAGAAUCAGACUUGCGGAACUCACAUCCAACCCACACCAUGGAAUAAAUGAUGCAUGGGAAGAUCUCCCUAUUCGUCGGGUGACUCGCAAUCUUGCACGAACUAUUGAGGCAACGAUGGACCUGUUAUCCACUUGGUCCAAUAAUCUGGAGAAAAGUUUUGACUUCAAAAUAACUCUGGAGUGUGAGAGACUGGACGAAAAGCCCUUAGAUGUUGUUCCGGAAAUUUAUACGUUUAGAUUAUCGCGCUCUCCUGAUACAGGGAAGUGGCGAAUAAAGCAAGCGAACCUCGAAGCCGUACUUGGUCUCUGGACAUGGUCUCUGACGAAGUCUAAAGCGGCAUGGCGCCAACCAACACUCACUCGCCUCGUGGGGUUGAGCGAAGCCGAGGCACGCGAGGAAGAGACCGAUUUGUAUUUCCAAAAGUGGAUUUUCCGACAAAGACAGGCAAGAUUUCUCCCUUCGAAAUUGAUAAAUUCUUCGCGGCAGCUUUUCGGGUUCCAUCCAGAAAAGCCUGUUACGGAGAAUUCACAGGAAUCGUUUUCUUCCCAGAGCACAUUAUGUGUUGACAUGGAUAUUCUUGCUGUCAUAACCGACAACGACGUUGAAACAAUGGCAGCCCAAGAUAUUUACAUCCAUUUUCUCAAAAAGGCUUUCGAGACUUUCAAAGAAUUGGGUGGACACGUUGAUCUUAUCCCUGGGGCCCGAGGGUCUUACCUGGCAUAUAACAGUCGUCUUGAGGACCUGGUGAGAUGCUUUGAGAGUUCCAACCUUGGAUCAAGAGAGGAUGCGCUGUUGUGCAUUAUUCCUGUAUUGAAGAACAGAGGCAUCUUACCAGGACUUUCCGGGGACUCGGCCAAUGUCCGCAAACGCACUGAAGAGUUAGUCGAAAAGGGGAAUUGGCAAGCAGCAGUCUCACUUGUCUCCUGGCUUUGCCAUCGUUCGGAUGGAUCCGAUUUCGAGAAAUCUGUCUAUAAGCUGGCGUUCCUUUGCCACCGAAAGAUGUUGGGAGGCAUGGAUGAAAAUGCCCAAAAGGUCAUGACGCCCGGCCAGAAAGAAGGGUUCGGCCAGAUUUGCAAGCUUCUCUCGUCAGAUAUGAGAGCAGAUUUCUUUAAAUCGCGGGUAGUUGUUAGACCCGCAAAUUGGAUGGAAUCCAAGUCACGGAUCGACUGGUGGAAUGCCUUCUCUGAACAGCUGGGGUGGAUUACAUGGCAAGCGUCUGUGAAUGUCGAGAGUGCACAAUGGUUGCAACCAGUUCUUAAGUCCCUGAGAGUGCAUCCAACCUUGCGUUAUCCAAAGGAACCAGAGAUAAAGGCCGAAGAAACCCCACGUGCAGUACGAGCAUUGAGCUUGGACUUGACUAAAAGCCUCCUUGAGGAUACAGAAGAAUCCGAGCCAGUUUUCGUUGCCAAAACUGCUAAGGAAUACACAGCCCAUACCUCUCAGCUCCAAUUGGGGCUUGAAUGGGCAGUCAACAACGGAUAUUUUCUUCUUGUCUAUUUAAUGUUUGUACGAUGGAUGGACUUUGCCGCUAAAUACAAAGUGCCAGCAACAAAAACAACAAUUCAAAAUGCAUUUGUCGCUGCGGCAAAAAGUCGCUGUGACUGGGCAGUUAAAGUUCUUCUUCAGCAUGAUGCCGCCAUGGAGACGGAAAACGAUAACGGAGUUGCAGCAUUCCAUGAACUUGUGAACGGCGGCUAUGCAAAGGCAUGUCAAGUCCUUUUGGAAAAUGGGCAAGACCCAAAUCGCAAAGGCCCACAUAACUUGCGAGCAUUGAGCAUUGCAGCAACUAGCGGGCAUUUGGAUGUGAUUAAAGUGCUUCUGGAUUAUGGAGCAGACCUGGAGUAUCAACAGAGCUUCGGAUCGACAGCACUUGCCUGGGCAAGCCAGCACAACCAAUUUGAUGCUGUGGACAUGUUACUCUCCUACGGUGCGAAUAUUGAAACUUGUGCGCCUGACGGGGCAACACCAUUACUGUCUGCCGUUGAAGAUGACCAUUUUCAGAUGGUCAAGUUCCUUCUUGAGAAAGGAGCCAACAUCAAUGCCUGUGACAACGAGGGAGAGAAUGCGGUGAUGAUUGCAGCUGGCAGAGGGCAUGCCAAUAUUCUUCGCUUCUUGCUAGCUAAGGGCGCUGUAUUCCAUUUGCAAAACAACAAGGGGCUAACUGCCCUGGAAUUGGCUAGAAAUGGCAAUCACAUGGAAGUGAUUGCUAUUCUAGAGACAGCCGAUGGGCAGACAGCUUAA